AUGCGCGUCCGGCAGGCGGGAGCGGAAACGGCGGCACCUGGACAUGACCGCGACCCCACGGGCCCAGGCGACCCUGCAUUCCAGAGCUGGGCUGGAUUCCUGGACCAGCCCGCCGUUCAGGCCGCGGCGCCCAGCGACACGGCCGCCGCGUUGCCUGCCCAGCCGGUCUGCUUGCUCUCGCUCUUCGACAGCCUUGGCAUGACGCGCGUGGCGGUGGACGGACUCUUGCGGGACUUCCGCCAUCCUGGAUUAGCCCAGUCAGGCUUCGCCGAGGCUGACGCGACACUUGCCGCGGCGGUUGAGCGCAGCUGGGCCACCCAGGCUCGCCUCACAGGUACGACGCCUCACGUCAAGCUCGCUGGCGACAUCUGGGACCUCUUCCGCGGGGCGGACCCUCCGCUGGCCCGCUUCGGCCGGGGCUUCCCGCCAGGCAGCCUAGUGCUGGUGAUCGCCGGCACCCCUCCCCAGCAGCUGCAUGCCGCGGGCCCGCACCAAGGCCGCCAGGGCCUAUGCGGCGACGACUCGUACCUCUUCUGGACGACACCGCUGGUUGUCUGGAGCCUGCAGGGCCUGCGGCCCGACUGUCACGUUCACGCCGUGGUGGAAAGUGCAGCCGCCACCCGCCCCCUCCAUAGGGCGGCGAUGACCAGGGCCCUCGGCGAUCUCGACGACGGUGGACACGUACUGGUGGUGGACUCCAGGGCAUGGGCUCCUUUCCCGCGGAGGCGCCUUUACCUCAGCACGCUGCCGAUCGUGCUGGAUCCCAGCUUCACGCCUGUCCGCCGGCCGGCUCCCUGGGAGGGCGGCUUCGCACCCCACUGGGACGAUGGAGGUACUGCGCCGAUGACGCGUUCCACAGGGCUCGGGGAUCAGAUUCGGCACAGCACUCCCCAGUACCACCCGCGCACGAUGCUAUACGCGGCCGACGCGCCCUGGCGGCAGCUCACGCUGAACGACGUCGCGGCCCGAUUCCGCCGCAUCCUCCCCAGGCACCUCCUCCCCGCCUUCGGGCUCGUCCUGGGAGGGAGGUCGCUGGAGAACAACCUCGAGGCACAGAGAUUCGCUUGUUGGGUGGAGACCCACGGCGCAGCCCACGGGGUGAGGAUGCCCUCCCCCGCAGAGCGCGCGGCUGCCACGGGCCAUGGGCCCUAUCUCGCGGGGCUCGGACUGGAGGCCCGACAGUUGUUCGAUGCGGUCGGGAGCCAUUUGGACGUGACCGCCCUGCAGGUGCGGCUCCGCGGACCACUACGCGAUUGGCUCCAGGGAAGGACAGGGCAUCCGCGGGCGUACCACGCGCCAGCCGCGUUGCUCUCCCAGUACCGCCGGCUUGCUGCGGACGUGGACGGCCUUCCUGGCCCACCCCGCCCCACGCGCGAGUGGCCUGUACCGCUCGACCUGGUCGGCGACAUGCUUGGCGCACGGCGACCCGCCCAGCGCCUGGCCGGACCUGAUGCGGAGCAUCCGCAGGACGGUCCUGCAUCCGCUCCGGCCGCCGCACCCGCGGUGCCCGCCGCAGCCGUGAUGGAUCCGGACGCCGCCCUCCUCCUGGACGCCCUCGGGCGGCCGCCUCCGGGCGCCCCACUGCCCCGGGCCCGCACGCGUGCUUGGGCAGCGGUCCGGGACAGGCUUGCGGUCGCUCUCGCUGCCGCUGGGGUGUCAGCGAGGGUCCGCUCGGCGAACGCCUUGUGGCUGCUCCUCCACAGGUCCCGGGUGCCGCCGGGCGCCACAUGGGGCCGCCUUUGCGAAGGCCGAGGCCUCUCGCAACUGUUGGCCGCGCUGCGCGAGGACCGCGCGGGCGCCGGCCUCCGCCUCGCCGCUUGGAACAUCAGGUGGCUGGUCGACCCCCACGCCACGAACAAUUCGGCCAAGCGCCGGAUGGUCCAGGGGUGGCUCGACGCUGGGCGCAUCGUCCUUCUCGGGGAGACGCACUGGGGCGCAGCAGAGCAGGCGCUGUGGGCAGCCCAGUUUCCGCCGGCCACGGUCCACUCUUCUCCGGCACAGGUUGGGCCAGGCGGCGGAGCUACCGGCGGCGUUGCCGUGCUGCUCCCGGCGACGCUGCAGGCGACGACCGUUACGGAGCUAGUGCCUGGGUGUGCACUGGCCGUCCACGCGAUCAUCGCCGGCUCCUUGGUCCGUUUCGUUUCCUUGUACUUGCCGCCGGGCGCACAGCGCGCCACCCUGGCGGCCGUGCGCGCGGCUCUUCCUGCAGCCCCCGAGGUGGCCACUUACCUCGGCGGCGAUGUGAACUUCCAGUUGCACGAGCCGCGGGACGGGGAGGAGGAGCUGGCUGCGGAAUUUCAUGCACUUCUCCACGCACACGGCCUCACCGCAGUCACUGGCGCCGCGGUCACACGACGCGGAGCGCGCGGCCCUCCUGCUCAGCUGGAUCUCGUGGCGGCGCCGCUGCGAGAGGCGUGGCGCUGGAGACCACAUUUGGUAUGGAGAUUGCCCCUCUCCGAUCAUGCCGCUAUUCUCGCCGGCCCUGAGGUGCAGCAGGGUACGGCGGUACGGGCUCUCACGCCGGCCACGUUCAAGGCCCUCCCCCAGGAGGCCUUCAUGGACUUGCGGAGGCGGUACGCGCUGCUGGGGCAAGCGUUUGACCUCCCAGACGUCGACCUCUCAGGAUUGCGCCCUGCGGCAUGGGGAGACCGACCGGCGGGCCCGGAGGACGCGUUGCACGACAGGCUCAACGCGGACAUCUACGGCACAGACUACGGCCCGCCCGGAGCCGACGGCGAAGGUGCAGCUGACCCGAGAUUCCUGCAAGCGAGGCCGACCUACCCGGAGGCGAGGGUGCUGGAGGGGGACGCGCUGCUGCAGCAGGAAGAAGAGGUGGAGAAGAUGCCGACGACGCCGGCCAGGAGGACUGGCGCAGGCGGCGCCCCCUGCCGGAACCUGGCACGGAGCUUGCUCGCGCUGCCGCCCGUGGUGGUACCCAUGCGCCUUCUGGACCUACUGGCGAGUGGAUGCGCGCCCUUGGUUGGGACGGCCGCGAGCUGA